AUUUGAAUACACAAGACCAAGAUAGAUCUUUCUGCAUUGAUUUUAGUUCCCGUAUUUGGUUAGUAGUUACACAUGGAAAACUUCCUGAAGUCAAACGGAGGCAGUGAAUAAAGCCCAUUUCAAGGUGGACCCAUUUUGCUAUCCUGAAGCACAAUCUGCUUUCGGACGAAGAGCAAGCAUUCAAAUUUACGUUUAUCAAGCCCUCUACGUACUCAAACUGAUUGGUCUUAGUACUGAACCCUUUAUCGGCGCCAUAUCAGAGAAAGUAUCCUUCGUCUCACGCGGAAGGACAAUGUGCCUCACACCAAAAUCCUUUUGAGAUCUGGGAUCUACAACCGGAUGGCGUUUCAAUAUUGCAUGAAAAGAGAUGGUCAUUUAAUAUGACAUAAAUAUCAUUAAUAUAGAGAUGCAUACAAUUGUAUGUCAUACAAUACAUCAAACUUUAUAGUCCUGUUAUGUUGGCCGACAUCUCUGAGAAUGCUUUGUCACUGAAUUUAGUAAAGUAUCGUUCAGAGAACAUAUUAACUUUUACUGAAAAGAAACAUGAAAUUUUUCGUCAUCCCUUUCUACCUUAUUCAUGGUGUGGAGGUGAACGAGACUCAGUGUCCUCAUUUAGCAAAGACAGGCUGUGGUUUCUCCACUGGGCCUCUACGUACUUGCGAAGAUAAUAUAAAGUUAUGCAGAUUAUUUGGAAAGAAAGCGAAAUGCAUUUUUGGAACGAUAGAUGAAUGCAAUAGAUUCUUCAGAUUCUACUAUUACCAUGUGUGUCUUGUAAACGAUAUUUUAAGAUGCCCAGGCACUUGGAAUAAGGUCUCAACAGUUUCACUAUGGCUGAAUACAGUUGUUUUUGAAUUGCUCGUGGAUUUUUGAAUACAUCACGUUAGAUGAAUAUGUUAUUUACAUUUUCUUCUUCAUCAAGCUCACAGUUUCACAUCUGGCAUUUGAAACAACACACAGAUAUGGCAGAUCAUUCUUUUACUGCUUUGCAAGUCCUUCUCUUGUAUGAUUUUCCAUUAUUUCAGGUCUAUCAGUUCACAGGAAUAGAAGAAAUAAUGAUCUCACUAUUGCACCGAGCAUCCAUUCUCAUUCUUUCAAGUGCAUCUUGAAGUCGUCAAUAAAUCUUGCAGUAUUA